AUGACCACGAAAGAAUGCGACGCGACUCCCGCGGAGGCUUCAGGACCGGUGAUUGAAGACGAUAAAUAUCCUGAAGGCGGUCUUCGAGCAUGGCUGGUCGUCUUGGGGUCGUGGUGUGCAAUGAUCCCGUCCAUGGGGCUUUUGAACAGUUUGGGAAUUCUGCAUGCCUGGACUGCUGGUCAUCAAUUGAGCAAUUAUACUGAGUCCAGCAUUGGUUGGAUUUACGGCGCGUAUGGUUUCUUUCUGUAUAUCGGCUCAGCUCAAGUGGGCCCGAUUUUCGAUGCAUACGGACCGAACUAUGUCAUUAUUCCCGGGUCAAUUGGCAUCGUUGUUGCAAUGGUCUGCCUCAGCUUCAGCAAAGAAUACUACCAGAUUUUCCUUUCGUUCAGUGUCCUCGGUGGCUUCUCUGCAUGCCUGCUGUUCACACCCGCCAUAGCUGCCGUCGGUCACUGGUUCAACAUCCGCCGAGGACUCGCAACCGGCAUCGCCUGUACUGCAGGUGGCUUAGGGGGCGUCAUAUUCCCGAUAAUCAUCCUUUUCGCAGCGCCCAGGAUUGGCUUCCCCUGGGCUAUGCGGAUCAUUGCGCUAGUCAGCGCCGUUUUGUGCCUGGCAGCCUGUUUCCUAAUCAGAACCCGACUUCCCUUGAACAAAAAGGCCGGUGGUGCUGUCGACUUGAAAGCUCUUAAAGAUGUGCAUUAUGCAUCGACCACAGUGGCCGUGUUCCUGGUCGAGUUUGCCGUCUUCAUUCCCAUCACAUACAUUGCGUCGUACGCCGUCUACAUUGGCAUGAACGACACACUCGCUUAUGCUCUAAUCGCAUUGCUGAACCUAGGCGCCAUCCCCGGGCGCUUCCUCCCGGGCUUACUAGCAGACAAACUAGGCCGAUUCAAUGUGAUGAUCUGCACGGCCUUGGUCUGCUCCAUCCUAACACUAGCGCUCUGGCUCAAAGCCGGUGACAACACAGCAGCGAUUAUCUGCUACGCAGUGCUCUUUGGCUUCUGGAGCGGCGCAGCGAUCAGUCUGACGCCGGUGUGUAUCUCGCAAGUAUGCAAGACAGAGGAUUUGGGCAAGCGGAACGGCACGACUUUUGCGAUUUCGAGUAUCGGGACUCUCACUGGGAUUCCGAUCGCGGGUGCGAUUCAGGAACGGGAUCAUGGGAGUUAUCGCGGAUUGAUUAUCUUUGGAGGCGUGAUGUAUUUGGCAGCGACGGUGGCGUUUGUUGUUGCGAGGGGAUUUUGUCGGAAUUGGGUAUUGUGGGUGAAAUUCUAA